ACCCAGGCCGUCAUUAUGUGCAUAAAAGUCUAAACACAUCUUUCUCAGCUCUCUCGCUCUCGCUAGCCGAAGAUACUCCGUCUCGAGAUGCAAGUGAGAAAAGAACGAGAAGAAGAAGAAGAAGAAGAGGAAGCAGAGGUUGGUAUCAAGAGAAGGAGAAAGAUGGAGAGAUGGUCAGAGAUUAAGUCCGCCAUUGAAGAGGUCUCUAUGAUGGUCAAGCUCAAACCAGUCGUGACCAGAGCUAGAAAUGGCGAUGGAGAAGGCGAGCCGCGUGAUGAUGCCUUCCAUGUACCAACAGGGCCCUUUCUUUCUCUCUGCUCCUUAGUCCUUGAAGUUCUUGAUAAGGUUGGCCCAACAAUGGCGGUUCUGAGAUUAGACAUCCAUCAAAAUGUUCAGCGAGUGGAACUGUUCAAAGAAUCCGACCCAUUGAAGUAUUCGAAUUUGGUUGAGAUGAUAAAGAAAGAGGCAGGUGAAGGCAAUGCAAGAAAGAGUGACAGCUGCAGCAGAGCAAUAGUUUGGCUUACUAGAUCCAUGGACUUGAUGGCGGCCUUAUUACAAAGGUUAGCUAAGGAUCCUGGACAGAAGAUGGAACAAGCAGUGGAGGAGUCCUAUAAUGUCACCUUAAAACCGUGGCAUGGAUGGAUUUCCUCGGCCGCCUUCAAAGUUGCCCUUCAACUGGUGCCCGAAACAAAAACAUUCAUCAACCUCCUCAAGACAAAAGAUGAAAGCUACGAAAACUUCAAAGAGGAUGCACAGACCUUAAUUUCGUUAAUCUCUCCUGUCCUGGAAGAGAUCCACAGUAUCCUGAAACUUUAUGGCUUGGAUAGGUUAAAAUCUAUUUAAGGAGAUCGGACGAAGGACCUCCAGACUUGUACAGUUGUUGCUAGUCAUGAAGUUUUGGACUUUCUUUUUCGUGCUUUUCAUUUUCCCCUCCUGGCAUCGUCACCUGCUCUUGUAAUUACAUCCAUGGGUCGGUAGCUUCUUGAGCAGAGUUCGCUUGGACUCUGAGAGAGCUGAACUUGUGAAAGGAACAAGAAACUUUGUGUACAGUCCUGUUACUUGCUCCAAAAGUUACAGAUAUACAGAGUGCAUUUUCCGUCAAUAUUUCGACUGUCAUGUCCAAUUUAAUCGACUCUGAAUGAUAAUGUUAUCUAUCUACUGCACAAGUUUCGUGU